UCUAGUUAUAAUAUAAUUUGACCAGUAAAAUUACUUUGUUACUGCUGUUCCCCAACCUAAAAGAAAGUUACAAGUAAGUUAAGUCGCUGAAUCUAUCAAUAGCUUUCAAACUACAACGAUUGUCAUGAUCUCGCCUACGGACACAUUAAUUGCAGAAUGAAUUAAUAGGUAAACUCUGCACAUCUGGUUUUUAAUUGUAAGUAGCCAAUAAGCGUCAGUGUCUAAAAUUUCCCUCUCAAUCGCAGUUGUAGUGGCUAGAUUUGAUGCACAAUAGCAUUCACAGUAUAAAUAAAACGCCGUUAGCGCGAGGAUCAGUUGCGUUAUUCCCACCUUCCGUGCUGAGUAUUUUUCAAGGGACUUAUCGACUCUGCAAUGUACUUAACAGCUUCAAAGCCCAGUACGUUUAUAGUUCUCUUCAUGUUUUGCCUGCUUGUGAGGGCUUCGUCCUCCGUUGGCGCACUUGAUAAGAGGUCUGGAGACGAGCAUGAUGUCAUAGGGUCCUUUUCUACCGAUCCGGAAGAGGACGAAAUUAUCCUGAACGAGGAAAACCUUCGCCCGGAAUAUAGCCAAACAGAAGACACGGGAACUUAUGACGACUUCCCGCUACAAGGAAUUAUGAGGAACCUCAGAGAAAAAAGAAGCACAUGCGAGAAGCCUGGAAAAACACGACCUCACCCUUCACCCAAAGGGUAUGUACUUGUUCACGAGUGCAGCGAUCACUGCAGAUGUGCAGCGUGUGUUAAGUGUGAAUGGGGCAAAUAAGUUGGCUGUACAGGUAGGAUAAUAUGCUGGAGUUGACAAGACGGUUAACGGACCAGGGCUAUAACGACUCCCCGGUGACAUUAGUGACAUUGCUUUUCUUGGAAGAUGUAACUUAAGUAGCUUUUUAGCUAGGCGGAGUUGGUACUGUAUAAAUAGAAAAUUACAUUACAUUACAUUACAAUAAAUAACCUGAAGUAAAUAAAAUGAAAUAAUUAAAGAUCAUACCUUGUAAUACCAAAUAUAUUUGUAUAUGUAAUAGGACUACAUGCUGUCCAGUUUGGAAAUAAUUGGAUGAGAAAAAUUCCGAGGACAGCCAAAAUUGGACGAGGCCGUAAUUAUAUAGCAUCCAAAAGCAGAUGAACAUGGCGAAAUAGCAGGUGAACAUGGCGAACUUACGGACUCGUAGUA